CAGUAAAAGUCCAUUAAAUUUACAUUUAACUUCCAAGAAAUAAGCGGACGGAAGCGUUCUUACUCCAUUUCCCACUUUAACUGUUAACUCGUUAAUCGGCCGUCAAUAGAUAUUUGAUAAGAUAUUUCAACCCAAAGUUUCAACUUGUUUUUAAUUAUAACAAGUUUAAAAGAAAUUUGAUAUUGUUACACCAUGGAAAAUACAAAAGGACAAAUUAUAAAAUGCAAGGCUGCAGUUGCUUGGAAACCUAAAGAACAAUUAACUAUUGAAGAUGUUGAAGUUGCUCCACCUAAAGCUGGUGAAGUUAGGAUUAAGGUUUUAUCCACUGGAGUUUGUCAUACUGAUGCUUAUACAUUAGAUGGUCUUGAUCCUGAAGGCCUCUUCCCUUGUAUUCUUGGUCAUGAAGGUGGUGGAAUAGUUGAAAGCAUUGGCGAUGGUGUAACAUCAGUGCAACCUGGUGAUCAUGUAAUACCAUUAUACAUACCACAGUGUAAUGAGUGCAAGUUCUGUAAAAGCUCAAAAACAAAUCUUUGUUCGAAAAUCAGGGUUACUCAAGGGAAAGGUGUUAUGCCCGACGGUACUAGUCGAUUCACUUGCAAAGGACAACCUGUCUAUCAUUUUAUGGGUACAAGUACAUUCGCUGAGUACACUGUUGUAGCUGAAAUUUCUCUUGCAAAAGUUGAUAAAAAAGCACCUUUAGAUAAGGUGUGUCUUUUGGGCUGUGGCAUACCUACAGGCUAUGGAGCUGCUUUGAAUACAGCUAAUGUUGAACCUAAUUCUAAUGUUGCCAUAUGGGGUCUUGGCACUGUUGGUUUAGCAAUUGCUAUGGGAUGCAGAGAUCGUGGUGCUAAAAGAGUUAUAGGUGUGGACAUAAAUCCAGGAAAAUUUGAAAUAGGUAAGAAAUUUGGCUGCACUGAAUUUAUCAACCCUAAAGAUUAUGACAAACCAAUUCAAGAAGUAUUGAUUGAAAUGACUGAUGGAGGACUAGAUUAUACCUUUGAAUGCAUUGGAAAUGUUUCAACAAUGAGAGCAGCUUUAGAAUCUUGCCAUAAAGGCUGGGGACAAAGUAUCAUUGUUGGAGUUGCUGGAGCUGGACAAGAAAUUUCCACCAGGCCAUUUCAGUUGGUAACAGGACGUGUUUGGAAAGGCUCAGCAUUUGGAGGAUGGAAAAGUAGAGAAAGUGUACCAAAAUUAGUAGAACAGUAUAUGAAUGGAAAAUUGAUGGUUGAUGAAUUUGUUACUCAUAGUUUCCAACUUGGACAAAUUAAUGAAGCUUUUCAAUUAAUGCAUGCUGGAAAAUCAUUAAGAAGCAUUGUGAACUUCUAAUCAGGUGAUCAUUAUUAAUGCAGCUAUUCAACUGUAAUAUCAAAUAACUUCAAAUAUAUUUUUGUAAUUUGCAAUAAAUUUAAUACAAAGAUAA